UACUAUCCACCUAUAUAAAACCCACACAUCUCUUCCCCUCUCCACACUUUCAUUUCUCACACAACACAAAAUCUUCAUCCUUUUCCUCCUAAAACCCUUCCAAUAUUCCAACACAAACUAUCAACCUAAUAACAUACAUAUUCAUUUAUGGAUUCACCAAUCACCACCAUCCACCCCUACAUACUCCAAUCCCACAUCCUCUCCCGACUUGACGGCACAUCACUCACCUCCGUCUCCUCCACCGCCACCCACCUUCACAACCUCUGCACAGAACACCACCUAUGGCAAAAAAUCAUCACCUCCACAUGGCCAUCUCUCAAUAACCCCUCCGCCACGUCACUCAUCUCCACCUUCCCAUCCUCUCAUCGCUCCAUCUUCUCCGACUCCUUCCCGUCCAUCCAUUAUUCAUCUUCAUCUUCAGAUACUUCUUCUUCAUCUUCAUUGGCUUUAUCUGCUCCGAAGGAAUUAUUCUCCGCAGUUGAUUUAUAUUACAAGGGCAGACCUGUCUUUUCAAAGCUUCUAAGAACAGAAACACAUAAAGGAUGGUUUCUUUGUUCACCUCUAUGGAUUGAAAUUCUAGAACCAAAUGAAAUUAUUGAAACAAAUAUUAAGUUUGAACAAAACGACGUCGUUGAAUGGUUAGAACAAAAUUUGAGUCUUAGUUGGAUUAUUAUUGAACCGACACGUAAGCGUUCGGUUAACUUGUCAAGCCGGUUACCGGUAACAGUUAGAAGACAUUGGCUUACGGGGGAGUUAGAGGUUUUAUAUGGUACGGUAAUGGGAAUGGUGCAGUGUAUGGUGAAGGUCACGUGCUGUGGGAAAGUUGGGGGUGAGAUGCACGUGACUGGGGUGAGUUUUAGUAUGGAGGAUAUGGAUGGAAGACAUUUGAUUGGGAGGGAUAGUUUGGGGAUUUUGGUUGGGGCUAUGGAGAAGGGUGAGAGGUGGAAAGUGGAUAUUGACAGAGAGAAGAAGAGGUUUGAGGAGUUUUGUGGGAGGAAGAGAGAGAGGAGAGAGAAAAAGUUGAGGAGAGAGAGGGUUAUGGAUAUGAUUAUUAUGGUGGUUGCCAUUGUUGUUUUUGCUUUUCUUUUUCGAUUUGUGAGGUUUUGGGUUUGAUUACACCUUGAUUACAACUUACAAGUAAGUUUACUUUGGGAUUUUUUUACCUUGUACAUGUAGGGGUGGGAAUAGAUAGCGUAAAAUAUUACUACUAAUUAAGGUUGAUAGAGAAAAAAGAGGAAGUGAAAAGUUGUAAUACAAAGGCAACCAACAUAUACAUUAUACAACUAUUAUUAUACAAUAGUACACUAUAAAUGUAUGUAUUGGAAAUUCAAAAGAGAAAUGAUAUUUGAACAUCUAUUUUAUGAUAA